AUGCGUUCGCGCUCGUUCUUCCAGCUUGUGCGGAUCCUGCGCGCUCUGCAGCUGCUCAUGCCCACCUGCCCACCGGCCUUUGUGGUGGAGAACACCUCUUUCCAGCUGAACAAUGGCCGACUCUUCAAGAAGCAGUAUGCGCAGGUCUGCAGCAUGCUGGGCCCCUCGGCCCUGCUGGACGCCGCGCGGUUUGGCAGCCGUGCCCACCGGCUGCGCAACUUCUGGACCAACAUCCUGCCGUCCGAGGUGCUGCAGGCAGUGUGUGACAAGUCGUACGCCUUUCGCCCUGGUAGCAAGGGCGCCGUCUUUGACACCAUCUCCCAGCAGUGGUGCGAGCCCAACGCAGAUGAGCGCGAACGCGCUCUGGGCUACGCAACGGGCUCCACGGCGGCACCGGGAGUCACGGAGCAGCAGCGGAGGGAGGCACUCGGACGGUGCAUCGACGCCAACUGCCUCUCCUCUAUCUUGGCGGUGAGCCUGGCCAGCUUCAGCCAGCAGACCCCGCAGAUGCAGGCGCUGGAGGUCAUGGGGCUUUUCUACAGCUUCGGGCUUGACCUGCUGGGGCCCCUGCCGCCAACGCCCGACGGGCACCGUUGGGUGCUGGUGAUCAUAGAACGCCUUAGCAAGAUGAUCGAGCUGGUGCCGCUGCCCGACAAGACGAGUAGGUCCACGGCGCGCGCACUGCUGCAAUACGUGCUUGGAAGGUACGGCGCGCCGGCCGAGGUGCUGACGGACCGGGGGUCAGAGUGGAGUGGGGAGUUUGAGGAGCUGCUGCUGCAGAGCCUUGUGGAUCACAGGCUCACCUCCCCCUCGCACCCCCAAGCCAACGGCCUGACCGAGCGCGCUGUCCAGACGGUGAAGCGCGCGCUGCGGCGCAUGACUGAGGAGCGGGGCUCAGCCAUAGACUGGGCCGCCGAGCUGCCCUGGAUUGCAUUGGGAUACAACUGCACCCCGCAGCAGGCCACGCGCCUGUCCCCCUACCAGGUGCUGUACGCUCGCGCCCCCACGGUACCGCCCGCAGUGCGCGAGCGCCUGCAGGAGCCUCUGGACUUUGACUGUACGACGGACCAGGCGCGGGACGCGCUCGCAGGCCAGCUGCUGGAGCGCGCUGCCCUGGCCAAGCGCUACUCGAUAAUGGCUGGUGAGAACUUGAGGAUUGCGCAGCACCGCGACACGCUGCGGUACGCGCAGGGCCUCACGGGUGCUGAUCUGGAGGACGCCGCUGGCGCGGCAAACGAGCGCGCGCGCCGCGCUGCCAAGCCUGUUGCCCCCUCACAUAAGCAGGCUGCCGCUGACCUGGAGGCACGCGCCCUGCAUGGGCGCCUGGUGACGAAGGUGUUCCAUGUGCCCGGCUCCAAGAAGAAGCGGCAGCGCCCCUUCUGGGGGCGUCUGCACUUCCGCGGCCCCACCUUCCGCCCAAACUACUUCCAGGUUACAUGGGAGGACAGUGACUGGGCAAUCAACAGCCUGCCGCGGCUGCUGGCAACUGGGCACAAGCUGCAGCCGGCCAGCGCCAAGCCACCGCGCGGGGUGGUGAUCCCACUCGCGCUCUCAGUCAACACCCACCGCACAGGCCCGCAUGCAGCAGGGGGGGACGCAACCCUGCCUGCCGUCUGA